CGCUUCCGCCCUUCCCUGAACGUCACUGCCCUCAGCUAACAUGGAGGCCCUGCUGAAGAAGGAGUUGAGCUGCUCCCAGGUGAAGCUGUCUGGUCACUCGGGAGGAGGCUGCAUCAGUCAGGGGCAGAGCUAUGACACUAACCUGGGCCGCCUCUAUGUCAAGACCAACCACAAGGCAGAGGCGAGGAAGAUGUUCGAAGGAGAGAUGGCGAGCCUACAAGCUAUCCUGCAGACAGGAACCGUCCGGGUCCCCAAACCCAUGAAGGUUAUAGAGCAGCCAGCAGGGGGCGCUCUGCUAGUGAUGGAACAUAUGGACUUCAGAAGUCUCAGCAGACAUUCGGCAAAGCUGGGAGAGCAGCUGGCGGAUCUUCACCUCCAUAACCAGAGGCUGCGGGACCAGCUGACCCAGGAGGGCGGGACUGUGGGUAAAGGGUCCGGUCAGUCCGGGCUCCAGAGUGUGGAGAGGUUUGGUUUCCAGAUCCCGACAUGCUGCGGAUUUCUCCCUCUGGAGAAUGAUUGGCAUGAAGAUUGGGUGACAUUCUACACCCGGCAGCGUCUGCAGCAUCAGCUGAACCUCCUGGAGGAAUCCUCGGGGGACAGGGAGGCGCGGGAGCUCUGGUCUCAGCUCCAGCUGAAGAUCCCGCAGCUCUUUGCCGGCGUUGAGAUUGUGCCGUCCCUCCUCCACGGGGAUCUCUGGGGCGGAAACGUGGCAGAAAUCGACACCGGCCCCGUGAUAUUCGACCCCGCCUCUUUCUACGGCCACUCGGAAUUCGAGCUGGCGAUCGCCGGCAUGUUUGGGGGGUUCGGGUCUUCCUUCUACUCGGCCUACCACACCAAGAUACCCAAGGGCCCCGGCUGCGACAAGAGGCUGAAGCUGUACCAGCUCUUCCACUACCUCAACCACUGGAACCACUUUGGCGGCGGCUACAGAGGGUCGUCCUUGAGCACCAUGAGAAGUCUUCUGAAGUGAAGAAGCCGCCGGUUUCGGGACUUUUGGAGGUCCAUGAAGAACACAAUGAGGGUCCAGAGCUUGACGAGCACUCCUCCCCCUAGAAUCACUCACGCAUGCUUCCAGCAUAGGUGUGCGCACAGGGUGUGCCGGGCGUGCCCAGGCACACCCUAAUCACCCUGAGCAGCACAGAU